AUGUCCGAGCACGUCCUCCUCGUCCAUGGAGACCUUUUAACCAAGGAACGAUUAGACAUGAUCAUAAAAUCACGACGUAUCGAGGACACACCUAAAUGCCGCUUUCAGCACAUUGUGUUUGUUCCUGGUCUCUUUCACUUCAAAAUGGUGUGUGCCGAUGCACUAUGGCAUACAUGGAUCCAACCACAAGCUGGUCGAAUGGACGUCAAUAGCCUUUGGCAGCAUGUUGGUGUCUUGAGGCCCCGUGAGACUGGAAAGUUCGCGUCGAAGCCAGGGUUUCGACGGAUGCAUGACGUUCUGCAUCACGAUCUCUGGGCGUCGAUAUUAGAUUGUUGGCUAGUGGAGGCUCAAACAAGAAACAGCACAUGGGACUCACUCGAAGUGUUCGCAAAAUGUGCGCCAUCAUGGGAGUUGAUUGUCGAGAUGUCAGAGUCCAUAGUCAACAAGUUUGUUGCCAAUACAACAACACUUAUGAACCUGCGUCAACGACCUAGACAAGAGCGUGAUCAGCAAUUUGAAAACCAGGUGUUGUGCAACCGUGAUGAACUACUCUAUGUUGAUCUCUGUCAUGCGAUGAACAGUGGUGAUAUCAGACGAGUCGAGGCCUCUUUCUUGUCGUGGAUCUACAUAUUCAAAGCAACAAAAAAGCACAAAUAUGCAUAUCAUACAGCUCACUUUAUGGUACAGAUGCGGUACGUUUAUCCCGAGGACCUACAACAACUAAUCCGACUGAAUUGGCUUUGCAACCCAGCUGGAAGGGCCUUCAAAUUUCGACCCAUGGAUUGGCUGGUAGAACGGAAUAAUCUGUAUACAAAGGAAUGCCAUGUCAUGAUCGAGAACGGAUUCCAUCUCAAACAGCGCACCAUAAAACAUGCACCACCAAACAUGACAAAAACUUUGCAGAAACUGUGUGAUGAACUACGAAGGCACUCACCACAUAUAUUUACAGCCGGAAGACAUGCUGACCGUCAAGUGGAGGAUGAGAUUGGUACAGGGAUGACUAUGUUGGUUGCAGACAGAACAAUGGACAUACCAUUAUGGCCGGAUUGCUUGCACUUAGAACACACAGUUACUUUGCGUGGUUUCUUAGGAAUAUUUGCAGAGUGGGCCGAUGGAUUAAGCGAUUUGAUGCUGUUGAGGAGUGACACCAAUUGGACAUAUUAA